AUGACAAGAUGGCGCUUUUUGUCAUAUCCUGGACUGAAAGUCCUCACUGCGUUCUGCUCUGUUCCACAAUCCGCAGAGGAUUCACUCUCCAUCGCAUAUACAGGCCUUAGUGUACCCGAAAAAAACAGGCCCUUCACCACAGGCACUAACAGUCAUCGGUCCAAUCUAAGGAAAGUGCAGGGCCAGAUGUUGGUACCGGAGCCUGCGCAUACUUUAGAGUGCUUCAACUGCUCAAUUCGGGUUGCUCACUGGACUACAGCAGGUGCCUCCUCUACCCGCCAGAAUGUCCACGAAUGUGGAAGUAGUAACGGAGGCGCAUGGCCAGCCGACACGAAGAGACCUGGUGAAAACAAAAAAAAGAUAGCUCAGCGAAAUCUGCCCCAGAAGCGGCAGCAGCUGACGCUAUUGAAGUUUUCUGACGAGAGAGUAGUUAUCAGCGCUUGGGUCUAUCUAGACUAUUUCUCUGGCACCGACCCAGAGCAUGUUGCCCCCGAGAAAGUUGUUAAAGUGUUUUUAGGUAAAAAACGGAACAUAGUCAGGGAGUUAUUCAACAAUAGAGCUAGCCUUUAUGCCUUGCAUCCACCGAAUAGUCAAUGCUUUUCGUCGUACAAUCAAUCUGCCGAAGGGUCGCUACUCUUGGCUACCGUACUUCCGACGCAAUCGCAGGUCAAGACAAGUAUCUUAUUCAUCGGAUUGCAGAUGUUACAGCUUUUACAUCGCCCUUGUGUAUCGCCCGAUCUUAAACUUCCAUCAUAUCUUCCAGACACUUUGGAAGGAGAGAUUUCAAACCCGUUCUACAUUCAGCCUCAAAAGUGCUGCUAA